AUGACCAAGAGAAACGAUCAACGUAAUACUCCGUCCGGUUGUGGGACUACUACAACCUUAAGCGAGGGUAUUAUCGUUCAGCAACAACCUGUUAGCGAACAGCAGCAACAUUUCGUAUUAUCUCCCGUGAAUAAUUCAGCACCGAUGAUUAUUACUACUCCACUAGCUGUUCCAUCCAUAAUCACUCAAAAAUUGCCAACGACAGCACCGACGAACCAGCAGCAAGCAGUUGCAACUGUGACAACUACUCCUGUGGGCGUAGCUAAUACGGCCAUUGCAAAUAAAACGACAAAACCAACAUCUCAAGAACGAUUGGUUUGUAGUCUUUGUAAUAAAGUCUAUCGAUCAUCAGCUGGCCUCCGAUAUCAUAAGCGGAAACGACAUCGAGAUGAGGGUAUGCUUAAAGCAGCUCAAUUGCAUCGAGUACGUUGCUUAGAAAAUGGAUGUAAUUAUCAAAUGCUAGCGAUAUCAGACUUACGAAAUCAUUUGGCUAAUCAUCACUUAAAACCAGAAUAUAAAACCACUGAAGAAAAAAAAUUUAAUUCAUUUACUGAAUUUACCGAAUGGAAAACUGCUUUUGAACAAAGUAGUGGUUCAAAAUAUGUGAAAAAUUGUGGAUCAAAAGGAAAAUCAGAGAAUCAAACAACCGAGUAUUACUAUUGUAAUCGUACAGGAUUAUACAAACAAACGCGACAAGGAUGGCGCCGUAAUUCUAAAGCACAUGAUUCUAUUCGUUGUGGUAUACAUUGCACAUCAUCUAUGAAAGUUGAUAUAGCUCGAAACGAUCAAAUCUCCGUACAGUAUUAUCCAACACAUUAUGGGCACACAGCUGAACCCCCAUUGCAAGUACCAGCAUCAGCUGCAACUACGAAUGCAACACUAGCAACAACAAAUGGUGAUUUAGUUGAACAAGCAUCUGUUCAAAAACAAACAAUUCCGCCCAUUCAAACAGUUGUACAAACCACUGUUCAACAGCAGCAAACAACAACUGAUCAUUGUGUUAGACUUCAACAUCAACAUCAUACACAAACAUCAAGUAUUAUUAUUAAUAUUGCGCCUGUAAAUACAACGAUUAUCAAAUGCGUAUGA